AUGAACGCGUUUCGCCUGCGCCACCUCGAGCAGGCUCUUGAACUCUACCAUAAGCUCCCCGCCACUCCGUCUGCUUCCUCCUCCGCGUCUCCGUCUCUGCCCCUCGAUCUCUUUGUUCGACACUACUUCAAAUGCCACAAGUCCAUCAACAGCGCAGACAAACUCUUCAUCACUAGCCACCUGUAUCAGAUCGUCAAGUGGAAAGGGCUUCUCGACUUCCUCACUCCGCCCCCGGCUGCGUGGAGCAGCCGCAUCAGAACCUACUUCAUUUCUGAUAGGUGGAAGUUGCACUCGACCAACGAACGCCUUCCUCCACAUCUGCGCUGUUCUUUCCCCGAGCCUCUGUUUGCUCGCUUGGAGGCAGCCCUGGGGACGGUAAAGGCAAUCCAGGUCUGUAACAUUCUGAAUGAGGAUCCUCCGACCUUCCUGCGUGUCAACUCAAACAAGAUAUCCCGAGAAAGACUCUACAAAUUUCUUCUUAACAAGGGCGUUCUCGUUGAAAAGUGCGUCAACUCGCCUUUUGGUCUCGUCCUUCCUCAGAGACAAAAGCUCGGAGAUUUGCCUGAAUUCAAGAGUGGUUUCUUCGACAUUCAGGACGAGGCUUCUCAGCUGGUCGCGUUCAAGCUCCAGGUUGAACCGGGGCAGAAGGUUUUGGACUACUGCGCCGGAAGCGGAGGGAAGACACUUGCCUUUGGGCCAUUGCUUGGGAACACCGGUCGACUGUAUUUACAUGACACGAGGGAGCAUAUGCUUCUGGAGGCAAAGAAGAGGUUAAAACGGGCAGGCAUUCAAAACUAUCAAGUUCUCUUUCCACACGCCACUCCCGACCAUGUGUUCAAGAAGUUGAGAGGCCAAAUGGACUGGGUGAGUGGCUCAACCUAA